AUGAACUCGUCGAUCUUGUGCCUUCUCGUGCUCGUCUCCGUCUGCUCGGCCUGCCCAGGAUUGUUCGGAAUGGGAGGUGGUGGUGGAGGGUGUGGAUGUGCACCACCACCACCACCACCAUCUUGUGGCUGUGGCGGAAGGAAGAAGAGAUCGUUGCCCGAGAAGCCAGCCAAGCCCGAAUUCUUCGGAAUCGCGAGCAAUGAUCAAGAUGCUCUUUGCAACAGUCCUCAACUCAAAAAGAUGAUCACUGAGAACAUGCAUCCAACAUCUGUCGACUCGUCGAAAGCCCUUCAAACCGCUUUGGAAGCUGCCAAUCUUCAGAGAUAUGUCGUCGUGUGCACCGAGACAGCCUUCGUUUACACUGUUCGCGCAGAUACUGCCUAUUGUGGAAGCCACAAAAAUGCGCAUUAUUGUCAUGUGUUCGCCGUCUAA